UUUUAUUUAAUACUCUAUUUAUGUUUUGCAAAUCAUAAUAAAGAUGUAGUCCAAUUUUUUUAGAAAUAAUAUUCGGACCAUGGAUAAACGUCUCAAACAUUCCGUUACCGCAGAAGAAGAAGCCGCUUACGUUAAUUGGAUAAACAAACUAUUGAAACCGGACGCUGACUUAAAAUUUAUGAUGCCAUUGGAAACUGGAAAGUUUUUCCCGAAACUCAAAGAUGGUUUAUUACUCUGCAAAUUGGUGAACACUGUUCAAGCAAACACUAUAGACGAACGGACUUUGAAUAAACGAGAAGAUAAAGAACUGAGUAUUUUCAAGAAGCAUGAAAAUUUAAACUUGGCCGUCAAUUCCGCUCGGGCUAUUGGAGUGAACACUACCAAUAUUCACGCAGAAGAUUUUCUGAAAGAGAGAGCUCAUCUUAUUCUGAGUUUCCUGCGGCAACUUAUUAUUUUAGGGUUGUUCGCUAGGUUGGAUCUUAAAUCUCAUCCAGGAUUACAAGUGCUAUUGAAACCUAACGAAGAGCUCUCCGAUUUUAUAAAAAUGUCCCCAGAGAAAAUUCUGAUGAGAUGGGUCAACUAUCAGUUGGCAUUGGCUAAAUGCAAAAGAAGAAUGAAAAACUUUACGAAAGAUGUUCAAGACUGUGAAAUAUUUUCAAAUCUUAUCCGACAGAUAGCUCCAAGAGAGGUGCCCAUAACAAUGGACGCUAUGAUUGAACCAAAUUUAACUAAGAGAGCUGAUAUAAUGCUAGAUCAAGCCAACAAAUUGGGUUGUCGAGAUUUUAUAACAUCCCGAGAUGUUAGUACAGGAAACUACAAACUGUGUUUGGCAUUUGUAGCAAAUUUAUUUAACAAUCAUCCGUCUCUACCAAUAGAUGUUUUAGAAGCCCCCGAGGAAAAAAUCGAGGAGACGAGGGAAGAAAAAACUUUCAGAAAUUGGAUAAAUUCUUUAGGCGUUAUGCCUAGGGUCAAGUAUUUGUUUCCUGAUUUGCAGGAUGGAAUAGUGUUGUGCGGAUUACUUGAUAAAAUGCAGCCCAAAAGUGUUGACUGGACCAAAGUAAAAAAAACUUUCAAAAAAGCUACAGCCAAGAUUGAUAAACGGGAGAAUUGUGUACAAGUUGUCGAAGUAGCUAAAGGUUUUGGCGUUUCAUUGGUUGGAAUAGGUGGAGCUGAUAUUUACGAUAUGAAAAAGAAUGCUAUUAUGUCUUUGCUAUACCAACUGCUACACAAGCAAACAAUGAGUAUAUUGCUCAAACUUAAACCAGGCGGAAAAAUCCAGGAUAAAGACAUUAUUCAAUGGGCUGCCACCAAACUAAAAGACAACGAAAAAAAAAGAACCUUCAAAAGUUUCACGGAUCCCAAUUUGGUAGAUGGAAUUGCCAUUCUAGAAUUGCUUGAGUGCAUUAAACCUGGGAGAGUUAGUUGGGGAUUGGUCAAAGGUUACACGGAUAGUGGUGUCCCAGAUGCAAACAUCUCUGAUGAAGAUCGUCUCUCAAACAUAGGGUAUGCUAUUUCGUUGUCACGUAAAUUGGGAGCAGUAAUCAUUGCUUUACCUGAGGACGUUUUGGAACUGAAACCCAAAAUGAUGAUGACAAUUUUUGCAUCUCUCAUGACCCUUGAUACAAUAACUGCCGAAAAUCCACCAGAAGUUGAAACUGAGGAGACUGGUACAAGAACUUCAAAAAGAAAAAGUAAAAAGGGAACUUCAUCUCCGAUUAAAAAAAGCCCAGAGGCGGAGGAAGAAGAAGAGGAGGAAGAGGAAGAAGAAGUUGAAUUAGAUGACGAGGAUGUAGAGGAAGAGUGAUGUUUAUCAAUUUCAAUU